CAUACCAUCAGUUGGCGUAUGAUAACAAUAAACAACCCUGAAACAAGAGAUACGCACCAACAGGACCUGUCGCUUCAAUUCGACACAAACGUAUUGAAAAUAUGAGCCGAGACAACUACAGACACAUGGAGUGACGUCUCGUCAAGUACCGAGGGAGUGUUGUCGGUCCUGACACAAAGGAUUUCCGAGUUUUUGUGACAAACCUAGGGGAGAACUAGAGUUACGGGUUACCCCUUCCUUAGCCCUUUGUAGCUAGCUGUGGCUCAUUCCUUGUUUUUGCACACUUUGUGUUAGUUUGUUAUGCAGUUGCCAGAGGACUGUACUCGAACUCGUUCUCCUCCGUCACCUCUUCGCUCCCUCUCCCUGCUCUCUCUGGCCCUAUGUCUCGCUGGCUUUUCCCCUGGUCAGGCUCAAUCAAGAAGCGGGCCUGUCGGUACCUCUUACAGCACUACCUCGGUCACUUUCUACAGGAGCGACUGAGCUUGGACCAGCUGGGCUUGGACCUGUACAACGGCAGCGGUGUCAUCAAAGAGAUCCACCUCGAUGUCUGGGCUGUCAAUGAGCUUCUGGAGUCUCUCAGUGCUCCUCUGGAGAUAGUGGAUGGCUUUGUUAGCAGCAUAGAAGUGACCAUCCCUUGGCAAGCUCUCCUGACGGAUCACUGCACCUUAGAAGUUCAUGGUCUACAGAUAACAUGUCGACCCAAGUAUCGCACCAAUGGGGGCUGGGACUCACAGGGCUGGUCAUCAAGCAUGACCUCCAGCAUGCAGCUGGCUCAGGAGUGCCUGAAGGACCCCCCAGAGGCGUCAGAGGAGCCACCUGCCCAGCUGGAGGGCCUGGAGAUGUUUGCACAAACCAUUGAGACGGUCCUUCGUCGUAUUAAAGUCACUUUCAUAGACACUAUCGUUCGCAUUGAGCACCAGCCCCUGGACCUGGAAACAGGCAUUGCCUUAGAGGUGCACAUCAAACGGCUGGAAUAUUUUGACGAGGCAGUGCGAGAUCCAGCAAGCCAGACUGCCGUGCCUGUGGACAUCCACCAGCCGCCUGCCUUCCUGCACAAGAUCCUGCAGCUGAGCGCUGUUCAGCUGUUCUACGACAGCACUGGCACAGUACAGGGUCACCAUGAGGAGGGACAUCCUGAAUCAGCUACAGCUAGUGAAGGAGAAGAGGAGGAAGAGGAUGAUGAUGAUGAAGAAGAAGAAGAAGAAGAUGAGGAGGAAGAGGAAGAGGAAAAAGAGGUGAAGCCUCAGACUUCUCCUCCCUGUCCUCCGUCUCAGCCACUGCUCAUCGGAAGCUGCUCUGGUUUCAUCGAAACCAUGGUCAAAAUCAAGCAGAACGACAUGCUGCCAGGACCAAAGUUGGAGUUGGAUGGGAAGGUGGGCUGUGUCCACUUGCUACUGUCUCCAGAUCAAAUAACUCACCUGAUGGACCUGCUGGCAGCUCUUUGCAUUGAAACAGAGCCUGAGACUAAGUGUGGUGGAGUGCACAGUCGUCCAUUAGACUCAGACGACCUGCGGAUGAUUGAGGAGGACCUCAGUAAGCAGCUGGGCUCCAGCCCCAGAGACAGGGAGUGGGAUGAUGAGCCCGACAUGGAGCCCUACAUCACCAGCCUGGAGAAUGGAGAAAUGUUUUUCUCCAUGUGUCCUGCUGGGAUGAACAGUAGCGUGACGUCAGUUCGCUCUGGCAGUGAGCUGUCAGACAGCGAUAUGGAGUCAUCGACCCAGAGUCUAGCCAGCUUCACACAGCCUGCAGCGCUGUCUGCACAGGGCAUGGUGAACUGUCCCAGGAGGUAUCCUGUAGCAGGCUGUCUGUCAAGUUUACCGCAGUCAGGCAUGAGGACCAGAGGACGUUCACACAGCGGCCAGGCAGAGCAGCUGAAGCCCGAUGCUUUGUUACGUGUGUCACUUGGCGGCCUCACCCUGACCCUGCUGCAGGAGGAUCCGCCCUCCAAGCCUGAAGGAGCAUCAUCAUUGGCUCAGGUGUCUCAGGUGUUUUUCCGGGAGCUUGCGUUCUUCAAGGACAGCAUGUUCAGUGAAAGAGACUUCCACCAUCUGAGAGGCGGCUUUGCCAAGGCCUGCCCACACUCCCAUCUCAGAGUGACGGGAGCAGCAGUGCAAGUUGCUUGUGAGAUGCGGAGUGGGAGACGCCACAGUCGAGCUGUGACCUCUGACCUUUCCUUCAGCAGACUGGAACUGCUAGAGUGCCUCUGGGAGGAUGGAAAGCCUCAGUACAGUGAGCUGCUUCAGUUCCAGAAAGCUGGUUUGUUUACAGUUGGGGCAGCAGCCAGACCAUGUGCCCAACUACACUACGGCCUCACUGAAAAACACCUGCGCAGGGGUAAACAGCGGAUAGUACGGCGGGACAGUGUGGUGCGGGUGGAGCUGGCAGAGCUGAGCGCUGAGCUAGACCUAGACGUUAUCAGUCGUCUAGAGAGACUGAGCAAAGCCUUCAGCCACUGUUCUGCACAGCCUGCUGGUCCUGGACUCAUGCAGACACAGAGCAGUGAGCUGUACUCCUCCUUCACCCUCCUCUCCCCCCACGCAGUCCUCAGGCUUCGCUUCCCCGUACCUGACCUACAGCCCCCACCUAAGCGCCGACCUCCGACUGAGAGAGUGGUGAGGCAGGAGACCUUGGUGCUGGAGCUGACGGAGCUGGAGUUGAAGCACCAGGAGGCCCCGGACCUCCAGUCCGAGCAGACUACCCCUGGACAACCAUGGGCCCCCUGCCUCACCCAGCUGCUGGAGGCCUCCUUCACUGACCUGCACGGCUCAUACGAGGGCUGGGAAGGCGGCUCUUUCCCCUGUAUCAGAGUGAAGAAGAACCGUGACUCUCUGCCCAGGAUAUCUGUGCGUGUGCGUGGAGGUGAAGCUCAGGGCCCUUCAGGAGGUCUGGAUGGGAUGAACCUCGGCCUGAUCAGGGACAUGGGGGCCGCUUUCUUUGAAAGUCACUGUGAACUCAACGACAAAACUAGCUCUCCGUUCUCCUCCAACCGCACCAUGUUUGAGACAGAAGAGAUGGUGAUUCCGGCCGACCCAGAGGAGAUGCGUCAGUUUCAGGCACAGUGUGUCGCCCAGUGUCAGUGUGCUGUGGAUAUCUGCUUCCCACUAGCCUAUAUCCUCUUGCCAAGCAAACAGGCCUUCCAGAGCGUCUACAACAGAAUCAAUAAUGAUCUGUUGAUGUGGGAGCCACCUCCACCCUCGGCCAACAGCCCAGACCACAGCCGCCAUCAUCGUGACGAGUUUCAGCUCUGCAAGUCAGCCUUCAGACUCGACUCUGAUUCAGAAGAGGACGAGCCUCAGUUCUACUUGGCUAGUGAGUCAGAAGGAAAGACACAAAAGUCAGCUCCCCGUCCAAACCACAACCUCAGCCUGCUCUCUCUCACUGUGAUCAUCAGUAAAGGUCGGCUCCAAGCCAGAACAGACAAGAAGGAGGACCAGAGUCAUGGGGAAAUUGUGCUUGACCUGGAAGGGGGGAAGAUAUUCAGUGUUGCGCAGCAUCAAAACGACCCCAAUCUCAGCUUCCUGUGUCUGGAGAGCAGACGAGUGGAACUCUACCAUCGAGCAGUGGUCAAAGACACCCCCAUCCCACAGAGGUUAGAGAUGCCUAACUUCACUCCUCCAAAGCAUUUGGACCCCACCAUCUACCCUACAGAGGUGGGUGUGAGCAGUGUGAGUGGCAGGGAGGGGGAGCUUCAGAUGUUGUCCACAGCCAUCAAAAUCACACUGGACUCACAGAGGAGUGUCAAGGAAUUCCUAGUUGCCCUCAAACUUCAAGGUGCCACCAUGCGGCAUUACAUGACGCAGUCUAAUCACAGUUGGCAUGAGCAGCUGGUCGACUUCCUGGAUGUCAUUGACGAUCCCAUUCUGGGAUACACAGCACCUGCUGUAAUCACUGUCCUCCACACACACCUCGCUACCUGUGCCGUCGACUACAGACCUCUGUAUCUGCCCCUGCGAAUGUUGUUCACUGCAGAGUCCUUCUCUCUGUCCAGUAACAUCAUUGUAGACACUGCCACUUUCCACCUCAGGUUCAUCCUGGAUGACUCUGCUCUCUACCUCUCUGACAAAUGUGAGACUGACACCGUGGACCUGAGGAGGGACUACGUGUGUGUUUUGGACAUUGACCUGCUGGAGUUGGCCAUCACUACAUGGAAAGGCAGUGAUACAGGAAAACUUUCACAGCCUCUCUUUGAGCUCCGUUGCUCCAACAAUGUGGUCCAUCUUCACACCUGUGCUGACUCCUGCGCUGCCCUGGUCAAUAUGCUGCAGUAUCUGGUCUCCCAGGGUGACCUCCAUCCCCCGCCGCGGCACACUUCACCCACCGAAAUUGCGGGUCAGAAACUACCGCUGUCAGAGAGUCCUGCGACCUUGCCGCCCUGCCCUCCAGCUGAAACCGCAGAGAUCAACCAGUAUGACCUCACCGACGCCUUAAUAGACACAGAAAGGAGCCGCCGAGAGGAGAGUCUUGAUCCAGGUUCACCCUCCAUGCCCAGAGGCUCGCCUGUCUCCGUCUACCUGUUCCCAGGUGAAGCUCCAAAGGGCGGUCCACCUGUUCCGUUGGAUGAUGACUCUGAGCUUGACGGGCUGGUUGCCACAGCAACAGAAGCACAAGCAGACAUGAUGUCUGAGGAAGGCUCUGAGGGCUCCACCGACAAUGACGACUUCUGCAUCUUGGAGGCUCCUGGCAUGGGCAUUCCUCCCAGGGACGGGGAGCCUGUAGUGACGGUGCUGUCCCCGGGGCCAAUCAGGGUGAAGGACAGUCACUUCUCCAGACCUCGAGGCAGCUCAGACCUACUCCGAGCCCCUAGUCGCUUCCCGGUGCCCCAAAGCAGAGUUGUGCUGCGGGAGAUCUCUGUAGUCUGGCAUCUCUAUGGGGGCAAAGACUUUGGUGGCAAGCCUAUGUCCAUCCAUGCCCAGCAUGCAAACAGAGGUCGGUCAGUCUCAGCUGGUGUUCGUGGAUCCCCAUCUCGCUCCGUCGGCGCCUCUCGUCCUCAGAACUCCUGGCGCUGGGCGGGAGGUAGUGGGCGUCAGCACACACUGCUGAUGGAGAUCCAGCUCACCAAGGUGUCUUUCCAGCACGAGUCCUACUCCGUGGCGGGGCAGGAUGGGGAGGGGUCAUUGGCAGCUGCAGCUGGCGUUUGUCCUGGUGGCGAGCAGCCCCUCUCUCGGCAGGUUUUCAUCGUCCAAGAACUCGAGGUUCGAGACCGACUAGCCUCCUCACAACUCAACAAAUUCCUCUACCUCUACACCAGUGAGAGCAUGCCGCGUCGAGCCCACUCCAACAUGCUGACAGUGAAGGCCCUGCAGGUUUGUCCAGAGUCUGGUCUCGGUGGCCCAGAGUGCUGCCUCAGGGUAAGCCUGCUGCCACUACGACUCAACAUCGACCAGGACGCUCUGUUUUUCCUUAAGGACUUUUUCAGUAACUUAGCUUCCUUUGUUAACCCUUAUCUGCCUGUGGACCCUGCAGCUGAAGUGAAGCCAGACCCUUCACAGAGAACAUCUGAGGAAGCUGAGUCGGCUGCUGGGCUGGGACCUGACCUCACAGCAUCUGUUGAAACUACCUACAGCGAGCAGAGCUCCUCCUCUGCCGGCUCCACCUCCUCCUCUGAACAGCCCAUCUACUUCCGGGAGUUUCGUUUCACCUCUGAAGUGCCUAUCUGGCUGGACUACCAUGGUAAACAUGUGGUCAUUGAACAGGGAACAUUUGCAGGGAUUCUGAUCGGUCUAGCUCAGCUAAACUGCUCUGAGCUGAAGCUGAAGAGGCUCUGCUGCAGACAUGGCCUCCUGGGUGUGGAUAAAGUGAUCCAGUACGCCGUCACAGAGUGGCUGACAGACAUCAGGAAGAAUCAGCUGCCAGGCAUUCUGGGGGGUGUAGGCCCCAUGCACUCAGUGGUUCAGCUUUUCCAUGGAGUGAGAGAUCUGUUCUGGUUGCCCAUAGAGCAGUAUAGAAAGGAUGGACGCAUUAUUCGAGGUCUCCAGAGGGGGGCAGCGUCCUUUGGCACAUCCACAGCAUCAGCUGCUCUGGAGCUCAGCAACAGACUGGUGCAGGCCAUACAGGCCACAGCAGAGACUGUGUACGACAUCUUAUCUCCAACUCCUCCUCUGAACCGCUUCGCCAUCACUGAAGGCCGGGCCCCCUCCAGUAGGCCACGCAGAGCCGCUCAGCCUGCAGACCUCAGAGAAGGUGUUGCCAAGGCCUACGACACUGUUAGAGAGGGCGUGAUUGACACAGCUCAGACCCUGUGUGAUGUAGCAUCCCGUGGCCACGAGCAAAAAGGUCUGCCUGGUGCUGUGGGCGGCGUCCUACGGCAGAUCCCACCCACUGUGGUCCGACCUUUGAUCGUGGCUUCUGAAGCCACCUCGAAUCUACUUGGAGGCAUGCGGAACCAGAUCAAACCAGACGCAAGGAAGGAGGACUUCUUGAAGUGGCGCACAGAGGACGGCCAGGAAUGAUGACGGCCUUUUUUUUUGUCUGUGUGAGAGAGUGUGUAUGUGUGUAUGUGUGUGUAUGUGUAAGUGGGAGAUUAUGGGGGUCUAGGGUUUGAGUGUGUGUUUGCAUGUAUGUGCGGACUAAUGAGAGUCAGUGUGUGCUCCGAUGCAAAAAAACAAAACAAAACAAAGCAUAGACUAACGACUACUGCAGUGUUAACACCCAGUGUUAUAUGUGUCUCCAUGGAACAUGGACUUUAAUCACUCUGUUUCUGCAUUCAACAAGAGCUCUCCUCAUAGUCCUCCUCAGUGACACAUUAGUCUGCAGGUCCUUCUUACUGUCUGUGCAAACAUAUCACCAUCAUUUUCAACUGAGCCAAGGGCAGGUAAGACCAUCACUCUCAAGGUUUGAAGUUCAAAAGACAGACACAGACAUGGGGUUUUUCAUAGACUCUGGAUUGUGCUACGUGAACCUGUUUGAUAUAAAGUAGGGAAGUAGGGAAUAAGUAGUUUCUUUCAUCAACAUUUGCAGUAUGAAUAAGAACAAGUCCAAGACCAUUUCAUGAAGCUUGGAAGAAGAUAAUUUCACGUUGAUUCUUAUUCGCUAAUCAGUCGCUGCAAACAGCAUUCAGCAGAUCAGUCAGGACAUCAGUUUCUUCAUUUUGUAGGUUCAAAUUGACAAAGACGAGCUGUUUCACCGUGAACACAGGGAGAAUGUUCUAAAAGUCUGCUUUAGUGAAAACAUCUUGGCAGAUUGUUAUCAUCAGAACUUCAAAAAACAGCACAACUCAUUAGUUCAGCAGAAACCUGCUCCAGUCAGUGCUGAUAUUUGUGCCAUAAACCCUGCAGAGUGCCCUUUUCAAAAUCUAGUUUGUGUUGCCUUCCUCAGUCCUUUACCCUCUCUGCUACAAUUACAUUGUAUACUGGCUCAUAUUGAUCCACACCAGACUGAAUAGAGACCAGAUCACACAACGCCUCUUAACUCUGUAGCAUGUUGGAUUCUGUCAAAGCUUUACAAAGUCAAAUUGAUCGCAGUAAACUGUCCAUAUUUUAGCCAGUCGAUCUUCUAUCUGCAGCUUGUUUGUACUUCUGUUUCCAUAAAGAUUUAAAGGCCGGGGGUUUGACAUACCCUCCUCUGUCUUCAGAAAUGCUUUGUCCACUUCUUUAGUUGCCUUCCUGCAUUUUUUUUAAUUUUUCUCUAUUUUCUUUUUUUAAUUUUGUUGAAGUAUAAGUAUUGUCAUACUCGUUUUCAAAUUAUGAGUUAAGAGGAUGUGAACCUGGUGGAGUUGGAGGAUGAAAAAUCGGGAGAGUUUGUGGUUUUAACGUUUUACAUUUGUAUCUUUUUUUUAAGUGUAAGGGUCCUGUGUUCCUCUGUAUGUGUGAGAGGGAGAGUGUGUGUGUGUGUGGGUUUGUGUGUGUGUGAGAGAGAGACGCAUGUCUGUGAGGGUGAGAAGUUGAUGCUUGUUAUAGUUCUUGUGUGUAAUUACUAUUUACUAUAUCAUAAACUGUAUGAAUGACCUGUAUAAUACAAAGACAAGGAGUAUGCAAAAUUAAUACAAAAAAUAAAAAAAUUCAGUAUAAAAAGUCC